CUCAGGGGGCUCUCGAACUAGUCUUCUCCUCCUUUCCCCUUUCUAGAGAAGGGAAAGGACCAGAGACCGAGGUGGGGGAAUGGGCGGGACUUGAGGUUGGCAUGAGAGAUACUAUUGGUCAGUGGAGCUGCCAGUUAGGAGGGCAGUUGGGCCGAGGAUUGGCUGCGUGAGGCGGGGCGCGGCGCGGUCAAAGACCGGCCCAAGGGGUGGAGCUGACGCUGCAGCUGGCGCAGCUCAGACUGUGAGCAGCCGCCGAGCAAGCCAGGCAGGCACCUUUCACUGCCCGUUCCCGCGCCCGGGCCGGGGCUGGGCCCCCACUGCCGGGUCCCCCGGGGCUGCAGCAGCGGCGGCGGCGGCGGCAGCAGCGCCGCCCGCGGUUCCUGCCGGGGCCCGGGCGCCGGCCCCGCUCUGCACAAUGGGCACGGUGCUGUCUCUUUCCCCAGCCUCCUCGGCCAAAGGCCGGAGGCCCGGCUCGCUACCCGAGGAGAAGAAGAAGGCGCCGCCCGCGGGGGACGAGGUGCUGGGGGGCUACGGCGGGCCGCCAAUAGUCAAGGGCGGCAAAGGCGAGAGCCGGCUCAAGCGGCCGUCCGUGCUCAUCUCGGCGCUCACCUGGAAGCGCCUGGUGGCCGCGUCUGCCAAGAAGAAGAAAGGCAGCAAGAAGGUGACGCCCAAGCCGGCGUCCACUGGCCCCGACCCCCUGGUCCAGCAACGCAACCGCGAGAACCUCCUCCGCAAGGGCCGAGACCCCCCUGACGGCGGCGGCGCCGCCAAACCCCUGGCGGUGCCCGUGCCCACUGUGCCGGCGGCCGCUGUCACCUGCGAGCCGCCGUCGGGGGGCAGUGCCGCCGCCCCACCGCCAGGUUCCGGUGGGGGGAAGCCGCCACCGCUCCCCCAAGCCCCGCAGGCAGCGCCGCCAGUACCUGGCGGCUCUCCGCGGCGUGUCAUCGUGCAGGCAUCCACCGGCGAGCUGCUGCGCUGCCUGGGCGACUUCGUGUGCCGACGCUGCUACCGUCUCAAGGAGCUGAGCCCCGGCGAGCUGGUGGGCUGGUUCCGCGGAGUGGACCGCUCGCUGCUGCUGCAGGGCUGGCAAGACCAGGCCUUCAUUACGCCCGCCAACCUGGUGUUCGUGUACCUGCUCUGUCGCGAGUCUCUGCGCGGGGAUGAGCUGGCGUCCGCCGCCGAGCUGCAGGCCGCCUUCCUCACCUGCCUCUACCUCGCCUACUCCUACAUGGGCAACGAGAUCUCCUACCCGCUCAAGCCCUUCCUCGUGGAGCCCGACAAGGAGCGCUUCUGGCAGCGCUGCCUGCGCCUCAUCCAACGGCUCAGCCCGCAGAUGCUGCGACUCAACGCCGACCCCCACUUCUUCACGCAGGUCUUCCAAGACCUCAAGAACGAGGGCGAGGCCGCCGCCGGCGCCGGGGGUCCACCCAGCGGGAGUGCGCCCACGGCCCCCGCCUCAUCCUCGGCCGCCAGGGACAGCUGCGCGACCGGAGCCAAGCACUGGACUAUGAACCUGGACCGCUAGGGAUACCUAAGGGCCGCUCCCGCCCCCUCCCCCCACCCCAGCCCCUGACACACACUCGGAGCCCCCGGGACCAUCAAGCUGCCGCCGCUGUUACCGCCGCUCCGCGCCGCGGCCGGAGGAGGAGCCGCCCCUGCCCAGCACGGGAGGGUGGAGGCCAGGAUGCCAGAGGCCGCGACGUCUGGAUUUGCUGGGCGCAGGGUGGGGGUGGGGGAUGAGCGCGGAAGGGGAACCUCAACCUCACCCUUUUUAUCUCUCUGCGUCCCCAUCUUCCCAAUUCUGCCCGGGUCUCCUCCUCCUUCCCUUCUGUGUGUGUCUGGAAAUCCGUCUCCCUCGGUUUUACCCAUUUCUUCAUCUCCUUCCUGUAUCUUCACCUUCCCUCCUUCCUUCAUCUUCUGACUUCCUAUCUCCCUCCCUGCCUUUCCAUUUUCCGUUCCUUGGGUGUGUAUUUCCGUCUCCAUCUUACCCCCUAUCUGACUCUCUCUCACUGCCCCUUUCUCUUUCUGCACCUGUUUCCCCAUCUCCCCUUCUCUUUUCCUGGCUCCUGGCAUGUGUCACCAUCUUCCCUCCUGUCUGCCUUCCCAUUCCGCCUGUGUCAGCUUGCACUUAUUCCCCCGACUGAGCCCCCGUACUUCCCUCCCCUGACCAAAGGGAACAUUAGUUCUUAAUUUGGAUCGGCUGAGGUGCGGCGAGAAACUGCAGCCCCAGGAGCCGCGACAACCACCAGGAUGGUCCUUCGCCCCACCCCCACUGCCUCUCCCUACCUUUUCCAACGUGUUGCAUGCCGGGAGUUGGGGGGAGGGGGAUGCCAGCUUCAGGAGGCUGAGGUUUGGGAGAAAAUCAACCUAGGAGGUCACCCCCGGGGAGGCGGCGGUGCCUCAGCGGAAGGGUGGGUGGAGACAGAAAACUCUUCUUACUCUGAGGGAGGGGCACCCUUCUUUAUCUUUAGGUAUUUUUGUUUUCCCCCCUUUUGAUUUAUGUGGUUGUUUCCAGAGGGAGGGGGGAAGGGGGGUGGUUUGGGCCGGGAGCUGUCUGAGGUGCUGAUCUGAGGCCAGACCGGAAUUCUCCCGGGAGGGUACCAGGGACUGGGUUGGGCCUGGUGCCGUAUCCAAGGUGCCAAUGAUGCGGGCCGACGGCGCGGGCCGCAUUGUCUGUCUGUCCGUCUGUCCGGGAGAGAACUAUAAAGCGCUGGAAGCGCCU